AUGUCUGCGAACGAGAAGGUAGAGACUGUGCACUCCAUGAAUAAGGGUAUCAGCGCCAGUCAUUCGAGCAUACCGACCGAGACGUUCGCAUCACUAGAGAAUGAGAGCGAGUCGCAGGAAUAUUUUGCCCGCGAAGAUAGUAAUGGCCGCGACCAUGAAAAGGGCGAUACAUACACAAUGAAGGACGAAGAAGCCGGUGACAGUCGCGAGCGUGGAGGAAACAGGAAGUUUGAAGUUCGCACACGCGAGCAUUGGUACCAAUUUUGGCGAUACAAGAACCCACCUGCUCCGCCACCCGCGUCCUUCGACGAUGCAACCGUUACUCCCUUGGCGCAAGCUAAUAUUCUUAGCGAUUGGACGUACGAAUGGAUUCGUCCUUUGCUCCUGCUUGGAUAUCGCCGCCCAUUAGAGGCAAGUGAUCUGUGGAAAAUGGACGGUCCCCGCCAAGCAGAAACGCUCAGUGACAGGCUCACUGAGGCCUGGGACAAGCGCGUUGCUAAGGCUGACGCAUAUAAUGUCAAACUUGCUAGUGGCGAAAUCAAACCGGGAUGGAGACAGAAGCGCAAAUGGAAGAAGCAGGCAAAAAUUGAGCGCAACGAAAGCAUUGGAGGCGAUGCCUCCAUACAGGAGCGUGUUGCCGCAAAAGAAUCAAUUUGGCGCAUAGAGCCGGUCAAGGAAAUUCAGUCGAAGAAACUUGACCCUGAUUCCCAGCGCAGAAUCUUGCUUGCACACGAGGUCAAGUCGGGCCAAAAGAAAGCAAGUGUCUUUAUGGCGCUCUUUGAUAUAUUUUGGCCUAACAUCACCGUUGCAUACUUUGCUAAACUUUUGGCAGACACCGCUUAUGUUGGCUCCGCGCUGCUGAUCGAGCAAAUUCUCACUGGUAUCGGCAUGACAGAGGCCGGGAUUAAUAGACGGGGCCAUUCGAUUGGCUACACAGUCGUCAUGUUUGCCAUCUUGGUUUUGAGCAACUUUCUCUCCAACCGAUUCUUUUACGAAUCGCUUUACGUUGGUGUUUUCUCGCGCGCGGCCUUAUCGACUACUGUUUUCCGCCGUGCGCUAAACAUGCAGGGGCGCGACAGGUCCACCGGAAAACUCGUCAAUCAUAUUAGCACAGAUGUGAGUCGUAUUGACUUUGGUGCCCAGUGGUGGCUCCUGACCUUUACUGCACCUGUGGAGAUCAUUGUCUGUUUGGUUAUUUUGUUGACGCGCUUUGGCGUCUCGUGCUUGUCCGGCUUUGCAUUGGUUGUUGUUGUACUUCCCUUUCAAAUUUACUGUCUAAAGUUUUUGUUUUCUAUCCGCAAAAAGUCGAUGGAAUGGACCGAUCGUCGCGCUCGUCGGACUCAAGAGGUACUUUCUGGCAUGCGAAUUGUGAAACUUUUUUCCUACGAGUUUAACUUUGUCAAGCUCAUCAGCAGUUUGCGCAAGAGUGAGCUAAUUUACGUGUUCAAGCUCAAUAUUGUGCGUGCGGGUGUCAUGGCGAGUGCGAUAAGUCUUCCACUACUUGCGGGUGUGCUCGCCGUCGUCACAUAUUACCUAAAAGAGGGCACUCUUCGACCAGAAAAGGUAUUUCCCGCCAUCACAUUAUUCCAACUUUUGCGACUGCCUCUUAUGUUUUUUCCAUUUGGCAUUAGUGUUAUCGCAGAUGGAGCAAAUGCGUUCCAGCGACUUGGCGAAGUAUUUUACGCGAAGCAGUACGACACCACAGUUAAUACGGACGAAAAUUCGCCGUACGGCCUGGAACUGCAGAAUACAUCGUUUGAAUGGGACAGUGUCGAAGAAGACUUGACGCUAACCAACCCUAAAGCAAAAAAGCAAGCAAAAAAGGAAAAGAAACAACGUGUGAAGCAAGCAAGCAAAAACAAGCGCUUAUGGGCAAUUUUGCGUCCGAAGACACAGUCUGAUGAGAAGAAGAAAAAGCGCCGGUUCUCUUUUAUGAAAAAGUCAAAGAAAGAGUCUGAAAAAGUUUUGGAGCAUAUAUCAGUGGAGCGUGAACUUGAAUCCGAGCUUCCGCCCGUUGCCGCCGUUCCAGAAGCGGAAGAUCCGCUUUCUAAAGAUGUGCUGCUUGAAACGGAAGGCGAUGCCGGCUUGGCUGACUUCAUUAUGAAAGAUGUUUCGUUGAAAGUCAAGCGCGGCAACCUUUGCGCGAUUAUUGGCCCUGUGGGCUCUGGGAAGUCGUCCUUGAUUCUUGGUGCCAUUGGUGAAAUGCGCCGUCUUGCGGGUGAGGUUACUUGGGGCUCUCCAAAAAUUGCGUACUGUUCGCAGUCUGCGUGGAUCCAAAACGCGACAGUGCGCGAAAAUAUCGUGUUUGGUCAGCCGUGGGACGAGGCUCGGUACUGGGAUUGUAUCGACCGUGCUGAACUCAGCGCCGACUUUGUUCUUUUGCAGAACGGCGACUUGACCGAAAUUGGUGAGCGCGGUGUGACACUUUCUGGUGGACAAAAGCAGCGUGUGAAUAUUGCGCGUGCUCUCUAUUACGAUGCCGAAAUUGUAUGCCUGGACGACCCCUUGUCUGCUGUAGAUGCACACGUGGGCAAAGCGCUUUUCUCAAAGGCGAUUUUGCCUCUGCGCAAAAGCGGAAAAACAGUGCUGCUGGUCACACAUGCCAUCCAAUAUCUUCCCCAGAUGGACCAGAUUGUGAGCAUGGACGAAGGUGUGAUCGAUGAGUGCGGCACGUACCAGGAGUUGAUGGAAAACCGUGCCAGCUUUUACAACACCAUGGUCAAAUUUGGUAAUUUGAAAGAGGAGCACGGUGACGCAGUUGAAGCAGAUGCCGAAGAGCUUGCCGCAGAAACGGAAGAUGCGAACCAAGCAGCUUCAAAGCCACGCCGCGACGAAAUGAGCAAGCCAGGCGCAAAGACGAUGGAAUUGGAAGAGCGGAACACGGGCACGGUGGACAGCUUCGUAUACCGAUCCUACCUCCGCGCGGGACAGGCGUCUUGGAUUUUGCCCAUUGCAGUGGUCGCUGCAGUUUGUAUGCAAGGCUCGGUAAACAUUUCCAGCUACUGGCUUGUUUGGUGGCGCGAUUGGGAUCGAGAUGGCACGCACGGCAUUGGAUUUUCUGUGGGCCUUUACGUCAUGUUUGGCCUCCUCCAGCUGAUAUUCAACUUUAUCUUGGACAUCUUUUUGGGCCUGCUUACCUUUUUUGCAUCGCGCAAGCUGCACGACAUGGCAAUGGAGCGUGUUAUUUAUGCACCGAUGACCUGGUUCGAUACAACACCACUUGGACGCAUUAUGAACCGGUUUGGUAAAGACAUCGACGUGAUGGAUAACCAGCUGAGUAAUCUUUUGCGACAGUGUGCCUCGACGAUUAUGUCCAUUGUCGGAGCUGCAGCGAUGGUAAUUGCAUUGACUUACUACUUUACCAUUGUUGUCGUGUUUGUAUUUGGCAUCGCCUGGCUUGUGUCUCUAUUUUAUCGCUCGUCUGCACGCGAAUUCAAGCGCAUUGAUGCGAUGCUGCGCAGCUCGUUCUACUCGCACUUUGCUGAGUCGCUCACGGGCCUUACAACGAUCCGAGCAUAUCAAGAAUCGCGCCGUUUUCUGCUUGAAAACUACAAGCGCAUGGACGACCAAAACCGAGCCUAUUUCCUCACGAUUGUGAACCAGCGCUGGCUGGGUCUUCGCCUCGACUUUCUAGGGUCUUUCUGUGUGUUGAUUACCGGUAUUCUUGUUUCAUGUGGCGUCGGUAGCGGCACAAACAGCGCCACCAGUGGUGUUGCAUUGUCGAUGAUUGUCACUAUUGCCCAGACGCUUGGUUUCCUUACGCGCCAGUUGACUGAGCUUGAAAACGAGAUGAAUUCUGCUGAGCGCCUUGUGUAUUAUGCAGAGACGCUGCCACAAGAAAAAGCACAGCAAAUUACGGAGACCAAACCGCCGCAAUCGUGGCCGGCAGAAGGCAACGUUGUCAUGGAGAACCUCUGGCUCAAGUACCGUCCGAACUUGCCGUUUGUCCUCAAGGGUGUUGACCUCGACGUGAAGGGCGGCCAAAAAAUUGGUAUUGUCGGUCGAACAGGUGCAGGCAAAAGUUCGAUGAUGACAGUCCUCUUGCGUAUUAGCGAGCUUACGGAAGGACGUAUUUGUAUCGACGGUGUGGAUGUGUCCACGAUCGGACUGGAGGAUUUGCGCCGCGCUAUUGCCAUCCUGCCGCAGGAGCCGUUGCUUUUCAGUGGUACGCUGCGUUCCAACUUGGAUCCGUUCGAUGUGUACGACGACAGCCGCCUGUGGGAUGCAAUGCAGCGAUCCUACCUGAGCUCAUCCGUGCAAUCGCCGGACGCCGGUGAAGCGGUGCUGAAAAAUGCGGACACCGAAGCCCAAGGCACAGAAACCAAGGCACUUACCCACUUGACGCUGGAAUCGAUCGUUGAUGAAGAGGGUGCCAAUCUUUCAGUAGGCCAGCGCAGUCUCGUUUCGCUUGCGCGUGCGUUGGUCAAAAACUCCAAGAUUAUUUUGCUGGACGAAGCGACCGCCUCUGUGGACCUUGCAACGGACGCAAAAAUCCAGCACACGAUCCGCACGGAAUUCAGUGACCGCACUUUGUUGUGCAUUGCACACCGUCUUAGCACCAUUAUCGGAUACGACCGUAUUGUCGUCAUGGACGAUGGUAAGGUGGUCGAAUUUGACGCACCGCUCGCAUUAUUUAACCAGCCGGAUAGCAUUUUCCGGGGCAUGUGCCAGCGCAGUGGCAUUACUGCUGAAGAAAUCGCAAGCGCGACAUUGUAA